AACACACAUACAAAGCUUUGCUCUUCUUCUCGAUCGACGGCCAUGGGCAACUGCCUCAACAAGGCCUCAAAACAGAGGCAGCGCGUCGACAUGAUGCCCGAGGAGGAGGCAGAAAGCCUCUCGGAGAUGAGGAGGAUAAGUCAGGUGCUGCAAGAGGAGGAGGAGGAGAAGGAGGAGGAGGCGGCAGCGGAUGAGGAGGCGCCGGCUGCGGAGGGGCUCAAGUUGAAGAUCGUGCUGACCCGCGGGGAGCUGGAGUGGCUCAUGGCGCAUCUCAAGAGCGGCGAGCAGCGCCUCGAGGACGUGCUCCACCACAUGCGGGCCAUCAAGGGCGCCGGCGCCACACGCUGCGCCGAUAAGGACGGCGGCGGGUGGCGGCCACGCCUCGAGAGCAUCCUCGAGUGCCUGGAGACCGCCGCUACCUAGCUAGACUGACUGACUGAGAUCGGAAGCUGUUAGCUUGAGAUAUCCUCCGCGCGUGUAGGGCGUUCUUGCUUGCUGCUGAUGCUUGAAUCGAUCGAUGGAGAGGCUUCUUGAUGGUUUUUGCAAAUGGAGUGGGCCUUGUAAGACUGCUACUUCUACCAUUCUGUGCUGUAUGGACUCUGUAGAGUAUAGUAGAUCUCUUGUUGCUUAUUUAGUAUCUUCUUUUGCUUUUCCCCUUUUAGGCUUUUUACCAGCUUCAGUUCUUCGUUUUCGCUCGCUUUUUUUUUAAAUAGCGGUGAGAUGGCAACUAAAGCCCUCUGUUGUAAUUUAACCCGGCCCUGAAUCUGGUUCGUCCUCCCCUGUUUCUAGCUAGUGGUGAAGACUUGGGAGAGCUUCGCCAUGACAGUGAUAUUCUCAGCUCAACUUAGUGUGGUGCAAUCUUACUAUGUUAA